AGACAACGGCAAUUUUACCCUCAUCCCAAAUCUGAAAUUUCAAUUUUCUCCUAAGCCCCAUCUCUCUCCACCGUCUGCCGCCACGGUCUCUCUCACUACCGUCUCUCCGCCACCGUCUCUCUCGCGAUCAUCUCUCUUGUUCCCUAUACAGCCAUGUUUUUGGCAAAAGCAUUCGGGCGAAGAUUCUUCGCUGCUGCUGCCGCUAGAUCAAAACAAUAUUCAACUACAACUGCGGCUGCUGGCAGUCAAGGGCAUAACCCUCUUGAAGAGUUCUUUGAGGUAGACAGGACCCCUGAUGAUGAAAAACCAGUUGUCUAUGGUCGGAGUUGGAAGGCUUCUGAGUUGCGUUUGAAAUCGUGGGAUGACCUUCAGAAGUUGUGGUAUGUGUUGUUAAAGGAAAAGAACAUGUUGAUGACUCAACGUCAAAUGCUUCAUGCACAGAACUUGCGUUUUCCUCACCCGGAGCGCUUACCUAAGGUGAGAAAGUCAAUGUGUCGCAUCAAGCACGUGCUUACUGAGAGAGCAAUUGAAGAACCAGAUGCAAGGAGGUCUGCUGAGAUGAAGAGAAUGAUAAAUGCUCUUUGAUGACUUAAAAUGAUAUUUUCCUGAUGCAUUGUUGGGUAUCCUGUAAGAAUAGGGCAUCUACUUUCAUGGAUGUUAGAAGAUUGCUGACUGAGUCAGAGUGUUCAACUUCAUGAUUUGUUCUAAGUUUUUCCUUUUGUUGGAUUCUAGCUUGGUUUUGUUUUUCUUUAGAGUCAAUCUCGGCUGAAAUAUAAUCAAACAUUUAUUGUUACUUGCAGCCAACAAUUAUGUUUUUACUAUUAACAUUGCCAUUGUGAUAAAAUGAACACCAUCUGCUGAAUGUUCAUAGCAUUACCUUUGUGAGACUGUUAAAUAAAUAGAGAAGGCAUCAUUAUUAUAGACAAUAAGCUCACUCAUCAUUAAGAACUUAGAUGGGUGAGCACCAAUCUGAUAAUUGUGGAAUUUUAGUGAACUAUAUUGGAAAAAUACAAUUGGAUGGAUGAGCACCAAUCUGCUAAAAGUGCUCUUUGAUGACAUGGAUAUUUUUGUUUCUUUUUUUAUUUUAAUUUUCAGCAGUGUACUAUAUUGGAAAAAUACAAUUGAUUUUGUACUAGAAGUAUUGUAUUUGUUUGUUAUUAGCCCAUUGAUAAGAAUGCUCCAAACAGUAUUAGCCCUCACCACUUUACGGUGAAUCACAAUUUUAGUCUUCAAAAGAAUAAGAAUUAAAUGAUUUAUGGUUCAUGGUUGACCAUGAUCCAUAUUAGAAUUUGCCAUUAGAAUCAAUGAAAAGCCACAAAAUUUCUUGAAAAGCUACAAAAUUUAAUAUCGUUAACCCUUGUAGAUGUGUGUAAGAUAUGUCUAAGGAGUGUCUUAGGUGUGCCAAACCAAAGAAAAAAGCUUUUAAUAGAAUGCUUGUCCGAGUUUCCGAACACGUGUUUCGUACGAGUGUUGUAUGAGUGUCAGACACAGAGAGAGGCCUAAUCCCAGAAAUAUCCGUCGUCAACUGAUGUAUAUGUAUGCAUGGUUAUUUUUUGCUAUGUGUCUGAUUGCAGGAUUUCUUGAUGUGGAGGAAUUUAAUGGAACUCAUCUGGUGUCUAUUGGGGCUGGAUCAGACCCUUAUGAAGUUAUAACAAAUGCUGUCAAUGCAAAGCUAUCAGCUGUUAUUAGAGCGUCAGAUGAUUUCUGGCCUAGAGAUCCUGCAUCCCACACAAUUCACAUUGCAUCAGUGGCAUACAAUACUAUUUUCCUUGGUGAAUUUAUGCAGCCAGAUGGGGACAUGUUUUCAUCCUGGACACCAUGACUUUAAUCUGUUGAAGAAACUUGUACUUCCCGAUGGUUCUAUGUUAAGAGCUAAACUUCCAGGAAGACCAACCAAGGAUUGUUUAUUUGCUGAUCCUGCUAGAGAUGGAAAAAGUCUUCUAAAGAUAUGGAACAUGAAUGACUUUUGCGGAGUUAUUGGUGUAUUCAAUUGCCAAGGAGCUGGGUGGUGCAAAGUUGAAAAGUAGAACCUUAUCCACGACGAGAAUCUAGGCAUGAUCGCUGGCAUCAUUUGGGAUAAAGAUGUUGAUCAUUUAUCCGCUGUUGCAGAUGAUAAAUGGAAAGGAGAUACGGUUAUAUUUUCUAUCUAUGUGGGGAAUUAGUCUACCUUCCAAAGGAUGUUUCUAUCCCAAUUACUUUGAAAUUGAGACAAUAUGAAGUUUUUACAUUAGUCCCUGUGAAGGAAUUACAAAAUGGUGUCAAAUUUGCUCCUAUUGGUUUAAUCAAAAUGUUCAAUUCAGGAGGAGCUGUCAAAGAGUUCAGGUAUGGACCUAACGAAAACAAAAAUGUCACUAUGAAAGGGCGCGGGUGUGGCCAAUUCAGUGCUUAUUCAUUGGCUCGUCCCAAGUUGAUUACUGUUGAUCCAGAAGAAGUUGAAUUCAGUUAUGAGGAAGAAUCUGGAUCGGUGAUUAUUGAUUUGAGAGUACCAGAGAAAGAGUUAUACCAAUGAAACAUUUCUAUUGAUUUAUAAAUCAAAAUAUUUUAGGUAGGUCAUGGAAAUUUGAUGAGUCUAUGUAGACUCUGUAGCAGGAAAUGUUUAUAGUACCUAGCUCUUGUAAAGCAUAUUAUAAUAUUGAAAUCAAUUUAAUGUUAUAUUAUGCA